CCCCACGUUACGCCGUCCCAAUAGUGGAAGCUGCACAAUCAUGACAAGGCGUCUGCCAGAUUGCCCGUACGACGGUAAGCAACAAAGCGUGUGUCUGGGAGUUGGAAGGAUUCGGCUUUUGGCUGCUGCAGUGCGUGAGGCGGAGUGCGGCGUGCCUUGUAGGAUGCUGGUGGGAUUGCGGCUGAGCUGGGAGCCUGAUCGGCUUAUACGAACGUGUUGUCUUUGUUCAUAGGUGGCCUCAAGGCCGGUGAGGUUUGUUUCGUUUCUUGAUCUUUUUCUCUCUUUUUCGCCUUUUGCCCGUUGUAUUCGUGGGUGAGGUUCCGCCUUGCGUUUGGCGAAAUACAUCGUGAAGAUGCUACCUUUUAUCCGGAGUAGCACGACCAUCGAAGUUGGAGACGAUGCAACGCGAUGCGUUCCUUAUUUUGAGGGAUGUGAGGAAUUCAAUCCAAAUACCUCAGAGACGAACGCCAAUGGUCUUGCCCCCACAAGCACCGCACAAACGGACGGGAAUGGUCUUACACCGAUAAGUGCGCUGCCUCAAUGGCAGAUUUCUCAAUCCGAUGGCAUUUCGGACAUACAGCCAUUGCCUACCUCUGAUAGCCUUGAGAAUAGCAACACACAGCUCGUCAACUCUAGCCCCCAACCCACCUUCACUAGCUUUGGAUCGCAACCCUCAAUCGUUAGAACGUCCAUCACAACAUCGCGGAUCCCAACCGCCACACCCAGUCAAUUAACAUCCGUAACAACCCAAGAUCCAAGUCUAGCAACCAUGGGAACACUGGCAGGAGUAUCGGACGGCGACGAGACCAAUAGAUUGAGUGCCGGAGCAGUAACGGGUAUCGCUAUCGGAACAUUCAUCAUCGGCGCAGCAAUCGCAUUUGCCGCCGCCUUCUUCCUCUUCAGGCAACGGAAUAAACACAAGAAUGCAAAUGUCGGUACUAAAGAUUACCCAAGCUAUGCAGACUCUGCGCCCGAUCUGGGAAUGAUGCAACACAAAGGUGUCGGCGGUCUAGGAGGACGCCAUAGCCCAUAUGUACAAGUAUCACAAACACCCAUGCCAGCGACGCCCACUGCUGCAUUAUCGCCUCCGAUGAUAACACCAGUCGCCAUGGCAAACGAGUCGUCCAAGGAUGUCACCUCUUUCCUACCGCCUGCAGCAGACGACGAUGAAGUGUGGAAUGGCGUGUCGCACUUGUUCAACAUGAUGCAUGAGCAUAUCGAGAAGUUCUACCGCGAUGUACAUGCCUGUAUAACUCAGAGUAUGGGACCUGGAAUCGCGAAGUUCGGCAUCAAGGACGUGAACAUGGCGGAACUCUUGCAAGAAUGUUCGAGUCCAACUGCGGCACUCAAGCAUGCGCUCGUAGCAUACGUACUGGGUAUAACAGGGCCAAAGCAAAAAGGAGACAGGGAAGGCACCUUAUUUCCAGAAGAGCUGGCACAUGUCGCAAAUGGCACCGACGUUGGAUCAGGUAAACCUCCAUCCCAUCCCUACCCCUCGAUCCAAGGAAGGUAUUAAGCUCACACCUCACCCUAGAUCCCGACUUCAUAGCCGCCACCUCCCUCCACCGCCGCGUCUCCGUCUACCUCUACAGCACCAUAACCGGGUACCCGAACCGGCGCAAAUCCUGGAUGGCACAGUCCGAAACGCGCGAAGCAGCUGAACACUUCUCGCUUACCUUCUUUCCUUGGGCGAAUCCUACGUCUAGCGAUCAGGAUAGAGACGAUGAUCUUGCGCGUAUUAUUACGGAUACGCUGACGGUGAGGAUAUGGUUGUUUGGGCAGUUGGAUACGUAUGAGUUUGAGUGGGAGGGGGUGGGGCAGAGGGGAAUCGUGAUUAAUCCUGGGUUGGUGAAGAGGAAAUGGAGGAGUGAUAGUAGAGAUGGGGGUGGGGAGGGGGAUGUGGUUGUACAU